AUGGUAGGGCGGCCGCAGCCGGCCCGAGUGGGGGGGCAGCGAGGUGAGGGGCGGGGCCAGGAGUGGCGCAGGGCGAGUGCCACGGCGGAGCGGGACGACAAGUGCGGCGGCGGCCUCGGCACGCAGUGCGUGGCCACGGGGAGCAGGGGUAGGGCGGAGCUGGCCGCGGCGCGAUGGAGGCGAACGGCGCCGGCGGGGGCGUCGGGCGGGCGCUCGCCCGCAGAGGGUGCGGCGAGGCGAGGCCGGUGGCCAGGGCGGGUCUGCGCGACGGGGCAGAACGGGGCGAGACCGGGCGGAGCUGCGGGAGGAGGUGCGGUGGCGGGGCGUGCGCAGUGGCCGGACGCGGCCACGGCGGGCGCGUGCGGGCACGCACCGGCGGGGCGUGGGGAAGAGGAGAGGGAGGGGGGUCCUCACGGGGGGGUGCGGGGUCUGGGCAGCGAGCGCGGGGAGGAGCGACGGGGACGACCGGCGCAGGGGAGGAGGGGGAAGCAGGCCGGCGGGGGAGUGCUCCGGUGA